UUUCUUUCUUUGUUGUUUGUACAUUACUAUGACGUCUUUGCUGGAUUGAUGAGCACAGAUAAAGAGAAGUGCACACAGAAACGCUUGUAAGGUGUGGUCCUUUGCGUCCUGCAAACAAUAUAGUAUCUCCGGCGGUGGUGCGGCUUGGCGCUUGAGGGAGAGGGAGAGGAAGGAUGAGGCGACGAAGCGUAAGCGCUGUGCGUCUUGUGACACUGGUGGUGGUGGCGCUGCUCUUCGAGAAUGGAAAAGCAAAUCGGGAAGGUGAAGCUUUAGCAGCUUUCAAAGAAGCGCUCGUCGACCCAAACGGUGUGCUGGAUAGUUGGGAUCCAUCUCUGGUGAAUCCGUGUACAUGGUUUCGAGUGACUUGCAACAGCGACGAUUUCGUGAUGCGAAUAGACUUGGAGAAUGCAUCGUUGCGAGGGAGACUAGUGCCUCACCUUGCGAGCCUCCGUCAUUUGCAAUAUCUGGAACUUAACAAUAAUCUCUUAAGCGGUUCCAUUCCACGGGAACUUGGGGAGCUUAAGGAACUGAUCAGCCUGGACUUGUACGACAACUAUCUUACUGGAACCAUUCCUGACACUUUGUCUGAGCUCGACUCUCUCAGAUUCUUAAGAUUAAAUAGCAAUUUGCUUUCGGGAUCUAUUCCGGAAUCGCUCACCUGUUUGUCCAAUCUCAAAGUAAUAGACUUCUCGGAUAAUAAUCUCAGCGGACGGGUUCCCAAUGAUGGUCCAUUCGCCCGCAUGAGCUCCAAGAGUUUUCAAGGAAACUCUGGUCUUUGCGGUCCCAGUGUCGGGAGAAAAUGCUGAUUUCUAUAAUUCUCACACAGGUAUAUAUAG